AUGGCACGCGCAGGUCACUCAGGGACAGUAGUCGGCUCGGCCGUCGUAGUACGUGAGAAGUACUACUGGCCUGACCUGCAGCUCAACAUCUGGACGAUUGUUAUGCUGGCGACAGCGGGCACAAUACUGGGCGUGAAUGCGCAGUUCAUGGCAAUACAAGACCGCAUGGGAUUGGGCACACCCUGGAUCAUGCCCUACGGCGUGACUGUCGGCGCGCUCGCCAUGAUAUUCAUCAUCAUCGAAAUCGUCUACAUUGCGCAACGAAAGCUUCUCCCAGUCACUAUGAUGCUCCUUUCCUUCAUCCUGCUCGUACUCUUCAUUGCCGGCAUAAUCGGCACCGCGAUACAGCUCUUCGCCGGGCCGAACAUCAACAAUCAAUGCAACACUUAUGUGUUUAGUGACGACGCAAGCGGGCCGAAUGCGAAUACGCUUGCGUUUCUGCAGCAGAAGAAUAUCUGUCAGUGCUGGCAAGCCGUCUUCGCAUUCUGGAUCGUCGGCUCCGUAUUUCUCGUCUGGAUGAUGAUCAUGGCCAGCCAGGUCAACUCGAACCAGUACCGCGACUAA